UCUAUCCUUUCUAUUUGGCUUUUAAAAUUUCUUGGUAUCUUCCCUUCAGUUUCUCAUCUCUGCUCCUCCCUCUCUUUCUUUCUCUGCUCUCAGUUCCUCCUCAAUCAGACUGCAAAAGAGCGAGCGACAAUGAACGACCUUCUGAAGGAUUCUUCUGCAGCUUCUAGACAUAGAUCUUCUCCAGGUGGGUUAGAUAUUGAGAUAGGAAUUCCAGUGGAAAGUAUCAAAUCAGAUUAUGGCAUGGAAGAAUUUUUCAAAAAGGUAAAAGAGGUUGAGGAUUUGAUGGAGAAACUCACUAUGAAUCUGAAGAAGCUUCAGGAAGCCAAUGAGGAGACAAAGUCUAUCACCAAAGCCUCUGCAAUGAAAGCAAUCAAGAAAAGAAUGCAUAAAGAGAUGGAUGAAGUGGGAAAAAUCUCACGCACAAUCAAAGUGAAGUUGGAAGAAAUUGAUCAAGAUAAUUUAUUCAACCGGAAGAAACCAGGUUGUGAAAAAGGAACAGCUGUUGAUCGAUCAAGAUUGUCCAUGACAGUUUCCUUGAAAAAAAAGUUGAAGGAUAGCAUGAAUGACUUUCAGAUCCUAAGACAAACUAUACAAGAUGAAUACAGGGAGGUGAUUGAGAGAAGGGUCUUUACAGUAACUGGGACUAAGCCAACUGAGGAGAUGAUUGACCAACUGAUUGAAACUGGAGAUAGUGAGAAAAUCUUUCAAAAGGCUAUUAAUGAAAUGGGAAGAGGACAGGUGGUCGAUGCCUUAGAAGAGAUUCAAGAAAGGCAUGAUGCUGUCAUGGAGAUUGAGAAGAAAUUACUCGAGCUGCAACAGAUAUUUACAGACAUGGCACUUCUAGUUGAAGCACAAGGAGAACUGCUAGAUAAUAUUGAAAACCAGGUCGCAAAUGCAGUGAACCAUGUACAGAGUGGAACAGAAGCUCUUCAAAUUGCAAAGAGCCUGCAGAAGAAAUCAAGAAAAUGUAUGAUGAUAGCCAUCAUCUUAUUUCUAAUUGUUGCUGCCAUCAUUGUUCUCACAAUUGUUAAACCUUGGAAAUGAAAAAGAAAAG